AAAAGUGUUUUGAAUGGAAAUGGGCGGUUUUUAAUUUUAUUAAUUUCUGCUGGUAUAACUUAUAACUUUACAAGUUUAAUCAAAAAGCAAUCUGUGUAGUGCCAUGAGUGCCAAGAGAUCCACAUCACAGCGGGCCAGUGGUGAUACAGGAAGCCAGAACAAGAAGCUGAAAACUGGAGUACCAAACAACUAUUUGUACAAGACUUUACAAGAAAGCGGUUUCACUCUGAAGCAUCCUCCAAAUAAGUGUAUAGCUAAUCAGGAAACUAUUCAUGUUGUGCGUAACAUUAAAAAGAACUUGCAGAAACAUUUCGAAUAUCCGAGAAAUGUAGCAGAACUUUAUUCAGAUUUUGAAAAAGAAUGCCAAAGUUUAGACAUUUUCAAACAUUACCUGUUUCCAAACAUCAUAAGGAUUACAGAAGAUUCACCCGACGAACAUGCUAUCAGCGAUAGCGUAAUAAAAAUACUCCUGAGUAUUCCAAUUUUACAAAAUAAACUGAUAGAUUACAUUUUCGAAAAAGCUAUUGACUUGGCAGCAGAGUCUAAAUGCGCUCCAUGGAUUCAAAUGAUUUUAAAAUGCUUAUCAUCAUUGGACAAUGUAGUUGAUACAGAGAAAAUAUCAGCACACUUGAUCAAUUUGUUAGAUGUUUCAUCAGAAAAGAUUGUUCGUUUGGAAAUCAUUAUUGCAAUUCCAGACAUUGUGGGAGAUCAGGAACAUAACAAUAUUGCUGCUGAAAUGAGCAGAAUACUGAGUGAGGAUCAUGACCUUGUGCCAGCCAUAUUAGACUGUCUGUCUUACUUGUGCCUGUCUGAUGAACAAUAUGCUGAGUUACAAAAGAAAACUUUAAAUAUUCUCAUGACAUUGUCCAAAUGCAACUACUUUGCAAACUUUGUAAAAUUCUUACUUAUGCCAGGACGUAUGAGUGAUAAUGCUUAUUACGAAGCAGUUUUAGGUUUGAGGAAUGCUUUGGGCUGGCCCACAUCUAUAGCAAAAAGUCAAGAUAUUGCUUCAAGUCAAGUCCUCACAGCUGCUGCAAUGCGCAAUUCAAUGAUAUCAUCUAAAAUUACUGCAAAUGCUUGGCUGAAACUAAUAACCUCUUGCAAAGAAAGUACUGACCACAAGCCAAUAGAUUUCAUUAUUCUCCUCAUUCUGUAUUCUACAUCAGAUGAGAAACAGAAACAAGUGGAAAACAUAAUUAGAAAACAAAUAAAGUCCGAGGCUCUAAAAGAAAAUUUACUGAAUGACACAUUCGAAAAAUUCAAACCAAUAUUGAAAGAUUAUUUAAAGACCUUGAUAGACCUGACAAAUUCCCUGUUGAAGGCAAAAGAUCCUUUGAUAGAGUCCUUUGCUUCACAUAUCUAUAUGCAGAUGUUAUCACACCUAGAUGAUUGCAGCCAGACUAUUGUUGCAGAGUUACUACAAUUAGGCUUAGAUUGUAAACAAUGCAUCAUGCAGAUCCUGCUAAUAUUAAAUAAUGUUGCAACUAAAGAUAUGUCUUUAUUGAAACCACAAAGUCUUCAAAUGUUAACUCUAUUGGACAGAAUGGAUGAUAUGUCUCUUGCUGAAAUCAGAGCAGUGAUGGAUCUUGUAUGCGGUCUUGCUUAUAGUUACGAAAAUUCGGUCAUAAGGGAUGACAUUCACAUGAUUAUAAGAAAAGAAUUGAGCAGUUCAAGUCCUGCCAUUAAAAUACAGGGAAUACUUGCUGGAAUCCAUGCUGUGAAAUAUCUUGCUGCUACCAAUGCUGACGAGGACCAAACAGUUGAAUUUCCGGAUGAUGUAAGUUACAGUUCUGUUACCCAUUUGUCAGAAGGUGACCUUCGUGAAGCAGCACAAGUCAUAGAACUAAUUAGUCGUAGUACAAGACAGUUUCCUGAUAUGAUUGCAUUCUUUUAUGAUGAACUCUCUAAUGUCAUUCAGAUAGCACACCACAUCAACAAACAUUUUAUGUCUUGGUUAACUGAUGCUGUGACUAAUGAUUUGCAGCAGAAUUUUAUUGUAGAUACCUUAGAAGCUGAGAGAGUGGGUGAAUUAAAAUUAAUAAUGCAAUAUUGUCUCAACGCAGAAAGUGAAAUGGAAGAAGUUAUAGCUAUAAAUGUAGGUGGACUGUCUCUGAAAACACAGGAAGAAGUUGUAGUGGGUAUUUUAUCUCCAUUGUUUCAACUUGUACAAACAUUGCACUCAAGGCAACAUGAUGGGAAUUUAGCAAGUAUUGAUGCUUUACUGGGUUGUGCUAUUGUUAUGCCUAAAUUUGAUAUAGAUCUUGUUGAGGAUAUGGAGAGUACAACAGUACGCAGUAUUUUAGAUUGUCUCGUCCAUUGCGUAAAUUGGUUUCGAGAAUUACUAAAUGCUUUUGCGACACAAACUGAUGAAGCUCUUAAAAUGAAAGUAAUGAACAGAGUUCUUCAAAUAGAAGAAAUUGAAACAUACAUAGGACAAAUUUUAAUGACAAGCAAAAUACAGUAUAAACCUCCUGUUUGUACAUUUGACAUCAAUAAAUAUAGAGGAGAAAGUAUAGAAAAGAAGCCCAUUAAAGCUCAAACUACAAAACAAAAGUCACAAAAGAAGGCACCUCAAGACGAUACUUUAUUACCUGAAACUGCCAAAUCUCAGGCAACACAAAAUCAAAACACAGUGAAAAACAAACUUGAAUCAAUGCACAAUAUUCCCCUGAGACCUCUGAGCUUAAAAUUGCUUCAUCUUUUGAAGAUGGAUCUAAUAGCUGACAACGAUUCAGAAGCGCAUUUGAAUAUCAAAACAUUGAAAUUUCUGUUAAAAUGCAUCAAUUGCAAUUUAGAAAAAAUCUUGAUAUCAAAAAUAAAAAGAAAAACAUUUCUCACAAAACAAGAAAGUUGUGAUGUUUAUGAUUCUAAGAAAGCUGAAGAAUGUGCGAAAGCUGUAUACGAUGUACUACCUAAAAUGGUGGAACAUUUGAAGUUUGUAACGACUUUUAUAGAAAGUCAUACCAAUGAAAACACACAAAACGAAAGUGGUUUCAUGUAUUCAACUGAAAUGAUUGAAUACCUCACAUGUUUGGAGUAUCUCUAUAACAUGUUCACUAUUUAUUUCAAAUGGAUUGGAUUCAAAAACCAUAAUAGUGCCUUAUUAAAAUCAUCUCUAAGGACUAUAGCAAGUAGUAGCGAUGGCAGUGUUAUUGCCUUGAAGGAUCUUUUAUUAAAUGUUGCUAAAUUCCUUCAGAAGCAUGAAACGUACUGUUUGCAACUAACUACGGCUGUGUCAUUAAUAGAGUUUUUAAAAGCUAUCCAAGAGUUUUCGAAUACGACCAUUAUACUUAAAAUAUUGCGAGAUAUGGCCCAAAAUUUUCUGUCUCAACAGUGGAAAACUCCAGAUGGAUUACCAGAGAAAGGACUAUUUUUCAAUCAAAGCGUAGACAGAUUUGCCGGAAUUUACUUCAUUAACAAUGAAAUUAUAGCUCUCAAGAAUCUAACUUUACAGUUGACAAACGAUAUUAAAGUACUCAAAGGCAAAAACGAUACCCUAACAUCAUUUAAAUGUAUUAACAAAGGGAAUUUCCCGAUUUUAUAUCGUAAUUUGGGAACGGCGCUUCACGACGCAACUAAAUAUCGUUUAGAGAAAGGAUUAACUAAUCCUGAACAUUUAAGUUUAUGGAAAGAUGUAGCGUCUUCAUUGAAAUACAUGUCCGAAAUUGCCAAAACAUUGGAAACAAGAAACAAUUUAACAGCGUUUUUCAAAAAAUCUUUACCAGUACUAAAGCUAUUUUUAUCGCAAGGUAUACCCAUACUUGAAUUAGAGUUCAAAAGUGAAACUGAAGAAGUGUUAGAAAUAUUGAAAAUAUUGCAACAGUCAACAAGAUUUUUACAAUCACUGUGCUGCCAUUCACGGUUGAAGAAAGACACUGCUCUGAUGAGUAAGGUACCUUACAUGAGGCAAUUGCUAGAAACUUUGAUUUAUAAAGUAAAGGCUAUACUCGCUGCCAAUCACUGCUCUGAAGCAUUUUGGAUGGGAAAUCUUAAAAAUAAAGAUAUUCAUGGAGAAGUAAUUGCUACCCAGCAAAGUGUAAGUGAAGAGUCUGUCGAAGUUUCAGAAGAUGGUGAUGAACAGUUACCAGAUGAUGAUGAAGAUAGUGAUUCUGAAAUUGAACUUAAUUCAGAUCUGAGAGGCUUUAGUGUUAUCCACUGAUAGAUAAGUGAAUAAAAAUGUUUUUUCA